UCAAACCCUCAGGGUUGGUGAGAGUGCCCUGCCUGGCCUGGUCCUAGGUUCCUGGUGUGGUGAGGGGUGCCAGUGUGUCCAGAGGAGCCCAGUGCCCACCGAGGCAGCCAUGGGGCUGCUGACCGGGGAGACACUGGGGCCCGUGGUCGUGGCCGUGGCCAUCUUCCUGCUCCUGGUGGACCUGAUGCACCGACGCCAACGCUGGGCCCCACGCUACCCACCAGGCCCCAUGCCUCUGCCUGGGCUGGGCAACCAGCUGCAGCUGGACUUCCACGACUUGCUUUCCUGCUUUACUCGGCUGCGAAGCCGCUUCGGGGACGUGUUCAGCCUGCAACUGGCCCGGACGCCUGUGGUCGUAAUCAACGGGCUUGCGGCCAUGCGCGAGGCGCUGGUGGAUCAGAGCGAAGACACCGCCGACCGCCCACCUGUGCCUGUUUUUGAGCACCUGGGAUUCGGACCCCAUGCGCAAGGGAUCCUCUUUGCCCGCUAUGGGCGCGCCUGGCGGGAGCAGCGGCGCUUCUGCGUGUCCACCCUGCGCAACUUCGGCAUGGGCAAGAAGUCCCUGGAGCAGUGGGUGACCGAGGAGGCCUCGUGCCUCUGCGCCGCCUUCGCAGACCAGGCCGGACGGCCCUUUAGCCCCAACGCCCUGCUGAAUAAAGCGGUGGGCAACGUGAUCGCCUCCCUCACCUUUGGGGGCCGCUUCGAGUACAACGACCGGCGCUUCCUCAAGCUAUUGGACCUCGCCGAUGAACAACUGAAGGAAAAUUCUGGCUUUCUGUCCCAGGUGCUGCAUGCCAUACCAGUGCUCGUGCACAUCCCGGGGCUGGUCGACAAGGCUUUUGCUGCCCAGAGGGCCUUCAUGGCCCUGGUGGAUGAGCUGGUUGCUGAGAACAGGAUGACCCGGGACCCGGCCCAGCCUCCCAGAGACCUGACUGAUGCCUUCCUGGACGAGGUGGAGAAGGCCAAGGGGAACCCCGAGAGCAGCUUCAAUGAUGAGAACCUGCGCCUGGUGGUGACUGAUCUGUUCUUUGCCGGGAUUGUGACCACCUCGACCACGCUGGCCUGGGCCCUCCUGCUCAUGAUCCUGCACCCGGAUGUGCAGCGCCGCGUCCAACAGGAGAUCGAUGAGGUGAUAGGGCAGGCACGGCGACCAGAGAUGGGGGACCAGGCUCACAUGCCCUUCACCAUGGCCGUGGUCCAUGAGGUGCAGCGCUUUGGAGACAUCAUCCCACUGGGCUUGCCCCACAUGACAUCCCGUGACAUUGAAGUGCAGGGCUUCCGCAUUCCCAAGGGGACAUGGCUUUUCACCAACCUGUCAUCAGUGCUGAAGGAUGAGACCGUCUGGAAGAAGCCCUUCCGCUUCCACCCCGAGCACUUCCUGGACGCCCAGGGCCGCUUCGUCAAGCAGGAGGCCUUCAUGCCCUUCUCAGCAGGCCGCCGCUCGUGCCUCGGGGAGCCCCUGGCCCGCAUGGAGCUCUUCCUCUUCUUCACCUGCCUCCUGCAGCGCUUCAGCUUCUCGGUGCCCGCUGGACAGCCCCGCCCCAGCGACCACGGUGUAUAUGGUGUACUGGUGACCCCCUCCCCCUACCAGCUCUGUGCUGUGCCCCGCUAGAGGGGUCACCAAGUCCCUAACCUGCUCCUGGAGAAGCACUGAUAUACAAUAAACCAGUCUGAUGGCUCCAACCUGGCUUGAGUCCCAUUCUGGCCCCGUGACCAGGCACAGCCAGUGAUUCGGCCUCAGCAGCCUCCCCAGGCCAGCCUCUACCCCUCCCUGACCCAGCCUCACCUGGCAUUUAACCCCAUUUGAAGAUGGGCAUACUGAGGCUCAGAAGGGACAGCUUACCCCCUAGUCACACAUGGAGACCCAGCACUGGCUGCCCUGGUUGGUGACUAAGUCCAUGUAGAAGUCUUGACUCCUGGGUGUCAGGGAGCAGGAGGAGUGUGAAUGGGCUUCUGAUAGCAAUCAGCCCGAUCCCUGGCUGGGUGAGCACCCUCAGCUUCAGGGAUUCACUAUAAGGCCUCACAGGGGUCAGAAAAGCUGUUACACCCACGGUCACAGUCUUUCCAGAGUAAUGAUCCACAUAGAAUUAGCAGUGGUCAAAGGCACAUAGGUGGAGUUCAGGAAGAACUUCCAGCACAAGCUUCCAGCUGUCUCUCCAUAGUAUUCCUGCAGACAGUGCUCAGUUCUCCCAGCAAUGAUGAGUGACUCCGCAGAGAGUAUUGCUCACCAGGGAGGCUCACCCGAGUCUGGGUGUCCAGGGAUUUUGUUGGGGGUCAGUCACUUUACUGAGAGAGUCAUACUGCUGACCUCAGUUACUCAGUCUCCAGCCCCUCUCAAGGUCAAACUGUGUGGCCCAAGGCCCCUGCCAUAAAUCACAUUGCUGGCAGAAACUGUGUGGUGUGACCCCAGGCCCCAAGUACAGAGACACUCUUGUCAGGCAGGUCAUCCCAAGGUCGUAGGGGAUGUUUCCGUGGAGGUUGUGAAGGGCCAGGCAUUUUUGGGGGGAUGUGCAAGGGUGGAAAAUCCCAGAGCUACUGAGUAAACUUUUUACUGCACAGGCCACGUCCCUGGUUUUUUGCUCCUACAGCAAAAUGGUCAUAUUUGUUUGAGUAUCUACUUUUUCUGUGUGUGUGUGUGUGUGAAAAUAUACGCAACAUAAAAUUUGCCCUCUUAAUCAUUUUUGAGUGUACAGUUCAAUGCUAUUAAGUUCUCAUAUUGUUGUGCAACCAUCACCCCAUCCAUCUCCAGAACUCUUUUCAUCUUACAAAACUGAAACCCUGUCCCCAUUAGAGAAUAACUCUCCGUGCCUCUCCCUAUAGGCCCUGGAAACCACCAUUCUACUCUGUAUCUCUGUGAAUUUGACUUCUAUUGGGAACUCAUAUGAGGGGAAUCCUACCGUCUUUGUCUUUUUGUGACUGAGUUA